ACGUGGCCGGAAGUUCAUGCUGGCCUUUCCCUCACCUCCCCUGUCAACAUUCAGCGGUCCCAUUACACUUCACAUGCGAGGCCCGGAAGACACUGUCGUGAAAGUUGAAAUGGCCGGACCAGGUGGUACAAACCAAUAUACAAUCGACCACACGCUCAAUCUGGUCAUAAACCUACAACACUCGGAUAUUUCAACAGCAGCACAAGAUACUGGAGUCAGAGUCAAAAGCAACGAUGACAUAACUUUGUACGUGACCCGUGGAGACAAUGAUGGCUAUUUAGCGUUCCCUGAAACCAGAAUGUCCAAAAGUUUUACGUCGUGUCCUACCCUCCGAUAAAUGGAGGAUAUUCCUACUUUUCAGUCAUAGGGGACGACGACACAAACGUGGAAAUUUCCCCCAGAAAGGAACUCCAAUGUGGCUCCCUGUUGUUAUCGCCAUCUGUACCGUUGAGUGUAAGUGUCUCACCAAUGCAGAAAUUUGACGUGUUCUGUUCUGACGAUGUGACAGGAACGUUUAUUAAAAGUAACACUCCAAUAUCAGUUCUCGCAGGUGUAACGUUCCCCGGAGAGCCGGGUUGGGAAAAGUUCAUCGAGGAAAUGCUGCUACCUGAAGCCUUCUUUGGGAAGAACUUCAUUCUUCCAGCAAUUUCAGAAGCUGCUUCUGUUUUGAGAGUAGUUGCAUCAGAAAACGGUACCGAGAUAUAUUCUGAUGGGAACUUUUAUACUUAUAUGGAUGCUGGUGACUAUUUGGAUGUAGUAUCAAACGAAAUAUUUUGUCUUAAAGGAUCGCGCCCCAUCCAGGUAAUGCUGCUAGGAAGGCGAGUUGAAUCGAGCUUCUUCAUUGUGGAUGACCUUCUGGGAGACCCGAUCAUGGCGAUCGUACCAGCUGUGGAACGGUUUCAGAAGUUUGAUAAGAUAGACAUAUUUCCGUUCCCUGGUGAGAGCCUGGUGGUAUUUUUCGUGGAAACUGGACAAAACAUUACCUCCUUGCCACCGGCAACAUAUGCGUACACUGAACAUUCUGAGUGUUGUAACAUUGAAAUCUAUUACCUUUCUUUGUUUCAAUCUGUUGUUGAGGUUGACCUCAAUGUCUCCGUUGGACUUAUGCAGCUGGCCAUUUCAGGAAGUAAAGGAUUUGGUUUAAUGAUGGGGUCCUCUUUGGAUCCUCCUGAAUGUCGGCUAGGCAGUGGAUACGCGUAUCUCAGCAGCUCAGGGCUAUGUAUAAAGACGUUCACCACCAUGAAAUCAUGGACAAAUGCGCGUACCAUCUGCCGGGGAAAGAGAUUGCGCCUUGUUUCACUCGAUACACAGAACAAGAUCGACAGCAUCAAUAGCCACUUGGAAAACCUGCUUCACAAUUUCACCUUCUCUAUUGGGUUACGCCUUGAUCAUGGCAGCUCAUACACCUGGAUCAACGGGGAGACUCUUGAUACAACAAACUGGCUGCAAUUGCAACCUACUGCCAACGGGUUGUGUGUCCAACUGGCAAUCAGUUCCACAGAUAUUGGUUGGCAGAACGUCUAUUGUGACGUUGACUCUGCCUUCGUCUGUGAGGUGGUGCUAGCUGAAACACAAGAAGUCCAAAUCUUCACUGGCCUUUGUCAAAACUCCCACCCAGGAUGUCCUACGGCUGACGGUUACACCUACAUCUACGAGGCCGAGCUCUGUGUCAAGCACCACCUUCAGCCACAGUCGUGGGUCAACGCUGCUGUCGCAUGUCGUGCUGAUGGAGGCCGUCUCGUCACCGUGGACAGUGACACAAAACAAUAUUAUCUGCACAGGGUAUAUCGGCAUAUCUCGCCUAAGCACUACAUAGGAGGGUCCUGGCACAGCUUCAACAAUGGCCGCUGGGUGUGGGCGGACUGUUCCCCAAUGAUCUACACCAACUGGGAAGUCAAUGGCAACCAAUCUCAGACCAGUGGCGAACACUGUGCCAUGGCCACAGUGGACGGUUAUUGGGGUACUGUGCUCUGUGAUGAAGUCAUGCCGUUUGUAUGUGAGAGACCACUGACAGGUGCAGGGUCAGGGACGGAAGUCACUGGUCCGGAUGAUGGAACAUGUGGAGAAAUAUCGGCCCCUUCUCAGUCCUUUUCGGCGUCUCUUCCCUUCAAUACCAGUAGCGUUGCCACCGAAACGGCAGUAUCAUCAUCUGGGUAUGACAUGAUGACAUCCGUAGGGUCAUCUGAAGUCAUCGGGUCAUCAUUGAACACCAACACUGUUAUACCUCUUGCAUCAUCUUCAACGGAUGACAUUGUACAGAUCACUAAGACGGAAAGUUCAUCGUCAUCAGAGUGGAGCUCGAUGUCUGUUUGGUCAUCAUAUGAUGACACUGUGUCACCGCAUCCCUCAACCGCCAUAUGGUCGAGUAUCGACAUGAGUGUACAAUCACAAGAGCCAUCGAUACAAACAAGUGGGUACGACAAAAUUUCGUCAACAUACCCACAUGUUAUCAACUCACCCAACGCAAGAUCAGGAUCUGUCAUAUCUGCGUCACCUUUGACAAAUGUCGACGCCACCGUUGUUUCAAGUACCACAGACUUCAGCAACUCUGAUAGCGUCAGUUUACAGAAUCCAGAUCAUACUCAAACGUACACAAGCGUCACUUCCGGUUUCAGACAAACAUCCACUCACUCCAUCACAACAUACAUCUCCAAUUCAAACCCUGGACAAGUUGUCUACCAGGUCUGCAGGUGCUUCUGUAUCCCAGAGAACCGACUCAAUGACCUCUCGUCUCAGUCAGUCGACGCAAAGAAGAAGGAGAUUCGAGGCAACCUGCUUCUUGACAGAAGAAACUUGACGAAGACCGUCAUAAAGUACAUCAGUGCUCCAGAUGAGCGGAAGUCCUCCACAAGCAUUGGUGCAACUGGAGUCACAUUGAUCGUCUUUACCAGUUUGUUUAUACUCUCCUCGGAUGUGCUGGCAUUCUUUCAACAUCGACAUUAUGAGAAAACCCGUGAGAAACACUAGACAGUGGGAGUUUUUGUUGGAAUUAUUGGAAGAGGCAUACUCUCAGUCAACCCGGCGACCCAUACAGGUGUUUUAAUUUCACUGACUAUUCAGCGAAUGUUUCAUCAUUGUUUUUAAACUGCUUAAAUCAUUAUUUAAGCAUAUCACGCCAUGCUACUUUAAUGUUGAAUGAAAAGGUCAUUGUGCCCCUGAGGUGUUUACCAGUUGACGGGUUAAGGGUGACUAUCAGGGGCAUUAUCAGAUUCAAACAAUCACGUCAUCCCGGCUCAUGUAAGGGACGUAACUCCCACGUCUUUGAUAAUAGUACUAUUAAUGCGAUUAAAUCCGAAAUGUUGUCUAUGUAAACGGUCGGUUCGUGUAAAUAUGUUUUAAAUUCGUCGAAAGAUCACAACACAGGAACACGAGAAAACGAGUUUCAGCUUAUAAAAUCGGGGUGGAUUCAUUUACACUAAAAUGAAGCAAAAUAACGUUUAUCAUAUAUAU